AUGUCAUUCAGAGCGGUCUGGGAAAUAACAGUGAACUUAGACACAUUCAGAAACAUCGCGGUUAGACAUGCUUGCAUUGGACUUAUUAUCUUAAGAGUGUUUCACAAGUAUGGGGAUAAAAAGAUAUUCGCUAAGAUACAUAAAAUAAGUAAUUCUCAAGAUGGAAAAGAUGAGUAUAUCCAUCAAAAACCUGUGUUUCAAAAGAACCCUGCUUUCUACCAGAGCAGCUUAUUUGCAAUAAAGCAUAAAAAUUGACAAGUCAAGUUAAAAGAAACUGUAAUUUUCAGACUGGAGGUUGCAUUACCGACAGAAAGUAUAAGACAUUGUACUACAUUUGAUGAAGUCUACAAGGCAUGCAACCAUGAGAUCUUCCUCAAUGCAGACCUUUACACAGAAGACUAUGAGUUUGAUGAUACAAGUGAAGAUGAUGAGUACCUUGAAGAUUGCCCACUCAAUCACCUGCUUAAGUCAAAUAGAGCUGAAUUUUUAAUUAAAGAUCCUUAUAGAUGCAAUCUGGAAUAUUUUGGGAUAAAUUUCACAGAUCUUUACUUUUCAUCCUGAAAUGGUUUUAUCCAAUGCUCCUUAGUCAAAUUUAUGUUUGACCCCACUCCAAUUAUUGAAGUAAGCAGGAAAUCACAAGAGCAAUUUUUAAAGAAGCAUCAUGAGUUUGACAAAGAAAAACUAAUGAAAGUUUUUGCUAAAAUGGAUCGUAAGAACAAACUAUCUUUCAAAGAUUCAGCAAAAAUGAACGAAUAUGCUACCAAAGAGUUGAUGAAAACUCUUCCCAGAGAGACUCCUGAAACAAUGGAAGAACUUCUCUUUGGAGAUGAGGACAACAAUUAUAAGCUUGCUGAUGAAGAUACAGAUUUCACCAAGGAAUAUGCUCGAAAAGUCAUAUAUUGCCUCAUCAAUCCUCUCGAGAAAUCUUAUGAUACGAUCAAGUGCUUAUACCGUGAGUAUAUCUUCUUCGGUGGAUAUUAUACAAAGGAUCUACCUGAUUUGAACAUCAAUCUUGGAGCUAAAGAUAUUACUCAUUUAUAUCAGAACUUGGGGUUUGAGAAAGUAAAUCUAGAAAAUAGACAAACUUUGUCAAAAUAUAAGACGAAAAAGUCAAUGAAUAUGAGACGUGCACUUAAAUCCUCUGAGAAAACAACUCCAAAUAAGAACCCAUUUCUUGGAGUAAAACAUCAGAGAAAGAAGAGCAGUAAGCCCCUAGGGAUGAAGAGUGGUCAUACCAAACCAGAGCCUUUUAAACUUAUAGUUGACUCAACUCCUAUUGAUGACUCCCCAAUCGAAUGGAAUGUUCCCAAAGAUAGCGCGCCUGUAAUUAGAGCUGCUGCUCCAAAGUCAACUCUCAACAAGAACUCCACUGUGAAAAUGUUUGAAAAGAGCGGAGCUGAUGGAGAAAACUAUGUUUCUUCUUCAAUGUCGCCAGAAGUAAAGAAAUUGGACAAAAGAAUUGGGAAAUCUGAAAUUAACCAUAUUACAUUUAAUGUGUUUAAUGAGACUAAAGAUGAAGAAUUGCCUGAACAGGAUCUCAGUUUUAACAUUCCUACCUAUAAAUCAUGCCCAACUACUUUGUGAAAAUUUAUCAAAGAAGAACUUGGAAGUAUCCACAAACAAAUUAUUAGAGUUAAGAGUAAAUUAGUCACUCAUUGAUGCCAAGUGAGCGAUGAUAUUUUAGAAAAACUAAAAUUUAUCCACUUAGAAAGACUUAUUAAGAGAGUAAAGGAAAGUUUCACAUCGACUGAAUGAAUUGACGAUAAUCUUGGUGUACUUCACCCGAAUCCUUUAAAAAGAAACGAAGCUUUAGUUGAAAAGCAAAGAAAGAGAUUUAAAGACAUUAAACUUGUCAGCUUUCCAAUAGAAAGGAUCCCCUUCCAGUCUGGAGACAAUGCUCCUAUCUUCAUUGAAAACCACUAUAAGUUGAGUAAGAAGAAGAAAAGUAAAGAGAAGAAGGAGUACGAAAAAGAUAAGAUUCAUCUUUUUAUUCUUAUUCACGGGCUUGAUGCUUCCUACACUGAGAUGAUUCCUCUAAUGAAUGAAAUUGCAAUCAUCAACGAGACUGCUAAGUUCAUCCUUCCAGAAUGUAUGAAGAGGAGCAAUUCUCAUGCGAAGAUAGAGAAGUUAGGAGAAAUGGUUGCAGAAGAAAUUCUAUCUGAAAUCGAAGAUAAAUAUGAUCACUCAGAUAUUGGAAAAAUAUCCUUUAUCUGUCACUCAAUGGGAGGAAUAGUCGCCAGAGCAUCCCUCAAGCAUCUUGAAGAAUACCAUGAUAAGUUUUAUGGGUAUCUUAGCAUUGCAACUCCUCACUUAGGAGUUAGUAAGGCUCAUGCUCAUAUUCAAGUGGGCACUUGGCUUUUGGAAGGAACUAGUGAUUAUGAAUGUGUUAGUCAAUUGAGGAUGACAGAUUCAUACCAAAUCAAGAAUUCUUUCCUGUACAAACUAUCUCAAACUAAAGCUUUUAGUCAUUUUACUUAUGUUUAUUUCAUCUGUUCUCCUCAAGAUAACUUCUCUCCAUAUUACUCUUCAAGAGUUCAGAUGUUUCAGGAAGAUCUAGAGAAGAGUAAUACUUCAAAGGCUCUUUUAGAAAUGAACCACAACCUAUUAUCAGAGUGCAGAAAUGGAAUCACAAGAGUAGAUGUUAGCUUCAAUAUUGAAAAGAACAAUUUCUCUGCUUGGAUUGGGAAGACAGCACAUAUAAUGUUCCUUGAGUAUCAGCCAUUCCUUCAAGUUCUCGUGAGUAACUAUCGAAACACCAUUUUUACUAAAUAAAGUUGAUAUCAUGAAUAAAUCUUCCUCAACCUAA